AUGGACGGUGGCAGCAACUACGCGUCGGCAUGCAAGUUGCAGCAGGCGCAGUGGCCGCACAUCGAGCAUGUGCCAUGCGCCACCCACGUGCUCGACUUGCUGAUGGAGGACAUCGGCAAGAUGGAGUGGGCGCGAGACGUCGUCGGCCGAGCGGGCGACAUGAUCACGUUUCUGCGCAUCCACCUGUGGACGCGCGCUUUUCUGCGGAGUACGGAACUGCACGGCGGGAAGGCGCUGCAGCCGCUGCGACUGGCAGGCACGCGUUUUGGGACACUGUAUAUUGCCGUGUCUCGUCUUUGCCAGCUUCGCUCACAGCUGCUGCAGAUGGUGAUGCAUGACGGCUGGAAGAAGAUGAAGGGGAAGAAGGGGACAAAGGAGAAGAAGACGACGGCGUGUGACUUCGAGGCGUGGGUGAUGGAUGUGGAUUGGUGGGAGAAAGCAGGGUUUUUUGUGCAGUUGAUGGAGGUGCCAUUCAUGGUGAUGAGGAGGACGGACUCGCAUGCGAAGGGGAUGAUGGGUGCUAUCUAUGACAUCAUGCUGCAGCUGACGGAGGACAUGGCGAACCUGCUGGAUGGUGAUAUGUGUAAGCUAAAGGAGGAGGAGAAUGAGGAGGUGCAGGAGCACUUGAGGCGCCGCUGGGACGAGAGUUUGGCGUGCCCCCUUCACGUGGUUGGCCGGAUCCUUAAUCCGGCCAACCAGCUGGAGGAGAUUUUCCUGCGUAACGUCGAUUGCACCAAGGUGAUGAGGGACUUCGGAUCGGAGGAGGCGAGAUUGGGGCGUGAGGAGCUGCAGGAUGGGAAGUGGGACGUGCUGGCGUGGUGGCAGUAUCACGGCUGGGAGUAUGCAGACCUGGCUGGACUUGCGCGCCGUGCACUGUCCCAGCCAGUUUCCGCCGCCCCGUGCGAGCGGAACUGGUCUGUUUGGGACGGCGUGCACACGGCGCGCAGGAACAGGCUCGGGUUGGAGAAGGUCCGCGACCUUGUGUACGUUGCGCACAACUAG